GACCCACUCCUUCUAGCCAUCUAGAUUCCUCAAUCCCAUUCACCUGCAACCUUACAAACCCGGCCUCUCUUUCGCCGCCUACAAACUAAGGCCUUUGCGACAACCAACAACCUCAGUUCAUAUUGCGAAGAUCUUGCCAACUUGUUCAUUCAUUCAUUUCCGGGCAAUACAAAAUGGCGCCUCAAAAUAUCAAUAUCUUUGUCACGACCUUUUCAGGCUUAGGCCUACCUCCUACUCUGUCCUUUCCCGUUCCUCCAACCACAACACUCUCUGACCUACAUCAUCGCAUCGAAGACCGAUUACCACAAACCGAUGCACGACUUAUCCUAACCACUCUAUCCAAUAAACAACUCCUAUCCACAUCUCGAGAACUAGUCUCCGAUCUCUGCGACACCGAUGAUGCAUUCGUAUCCUUGCGAUUGUCACUUCCGCUAUGCGGUGGCAAAGGUGGUUUCGGGUCCCAGCUUCGAGCUGCCGGAGGUCGAAUGUCAUCAAAGAAGAAGAAGAACCGGGGAGAUGAGAAUGGAUCUAGCAGGAAUCUUGAUGGACGUCGACUAAGAACAGUUAAUGAAGCCAAGGCCUUGGCUGAAUACCUAGCCAUCAAGCCUGAGAUGGAGCAGAAAGAAAAGGAGAAGCGACGUGAGCGAUGGCAACAGAUCGUCGACGCUGCGGAUGAGAAGGAGCACGAGAUCAGGAAUAGUACAAAAGGCAGACUGGAUGGCAAAUGGGUAGAGGACAAGGAGGAGGCUAGUGAGCGAACGCGCGAAGCGGUACUUGCUGCGAUCAAGGCAGGGAACUACAAGGACAACCUACUCGGCACAUCGCAUGGUUCCACAUCUAAUGAGGAUAUCGAGGAGGAAGAUGAAGAGGACUCGUCAAGCGCGGAAGAAACAGGAGCAUCGAGUAGCUCUAAGGUCCCGACGCCGCCGACAAAUUCGAACUCGAAGAAGCCGGUCACGAGAGCAUUCGCCGGAUUUGACGAGGACGAUGAAUUCAUGAGUUCAUCUGAGGAGGAAGAAGAGAAAUAAUUAUGGAAGCGACUGUAUAAUACCAAUGAUACCCACGAAUACAUUAUAAUUAAAGAUUGCGUUUAAGAUGGAGUAACUUCUC